GUUCUCGGCAAGUAUCCAUUUUCAAUCGGAUUUCUCACCCGUUAAACAUUCCUGAUACUUUGAGCGUCCGAAAUGGAUAAAACAAAAAAGAAGCCGCAAAUUUCUAAGCAGCGCGCCAUCGAAAAGUCGCCGAAAAUCGAGACCAAGAAAGGUCCCAUUUCCAAACAGCAGACGACACGGCAGAUGUCACGUUUAGAAGAUGAGGCGAAGGAAAAGGAAGAAGAGGUGGUGAUCAAAAAGUUGAUGAACGGAGCCAAGAAGGAGACACCCUCAGAUCAACAACUCCACCUAGCAGCACUUCAGGGAAAUGUUGAACAAUUACGGCGAGUUUUAGAUAGCGGACGGGUACAUGUUGAUUGCAAAGACAAGGAAGGAACCACGCCACUGGUGUUAGCUGCGGCGAAUAACCACUUGGAAUGCGUGAAGGAGCUACUGGAACAAGGCGCAGAUCCUGCAGCAAGACGAUUGACGGGAACGUGUGCUCUCUUUUUUGCCUCUCAAGGAGGAUUUCUAGAUAUCGUACAUGAUCUCCUUGUUCAUGGUGCCCCAGUUGACUUGCCAAGUUAUGAUGGCGGGACACCCCUUUUCGUUGCUUGCCAGUGUAACCACCUUGAUGUUGUUGAGGAGCUGCUGGAACGAGGGGCAGACAUCCAUGCGCAGAUGGUCGAUGGGGCAUCCCCACUCUUUAUUGCUGCACAGAAUGGUCACUGGAAGAUGGUGCAAUACUUGAUAAGAAAAGGUGCUAAAGUGGAUAUGAAGAGAAAGGAUGGGGCUACCCCAUUGUGGAUUGCUGGCCAGAUGGGCCAUUCGGCAUUGUGCCGGAUCCUCUUAGAUGCUGGAGCUGAUGUUGAUGCAACGAGAGAGGAUGGGGCCACUCCACUGUUCAAAGCUUGCCAUAAGGGCCAUCUGGAGGUCGUACAAGAAUUACUCGCCAGCAAACCUAACAUAGGACUCCUGCAGAAUGGUGAGAGUGCCAUGCAUGCUGCGGCCCUGUUCGGACACUUGAAGGUCGUGAAGGAACUGGUACUGAUCGGCGCUGACCCAAAGCUGAAGAACAAGGAGGGCCAGAUCCCAUACGACCUUGGUAAGGAAGCCGGCUACGAUCACAUUGUCGAAUUCCUGGAGGACCAUGACAAGAAACUUAGCGCUGCUACUGCUGUGUGAUUCGAGGUGGCAGGUUGCUGCUGAGCCAGAUAUGCUGCCAUUUGCAUAGAAACUCCAUCCUCAGAUUUCAAUUUUCACAGUGUAAAGAGGGCUAUUGGCUAACCAAUGCCAAAGCUGCACUCAAAUCUAUUGCUUUCUUAGAAUGAAAGUGCCUUCAUUUGCUGUGGAAAAGACAAGAGGAUCAAAUUAUGUGGACAUUUUGUAUCGCAAACUUGAAAUCUGAAGAUGGCAUUUUUAAGAUGAGUCUCACUGUAGAUCUAGUCUUUAUUGUUAAAAACAAGACUUACUGUUCAUGACAUAUGCUGAUAUAACCCUUUGCAAUCUAUUAGCAUAUUAGAGGGUUUUUGCCAUCCUGUUUUGGGAACAGCUCUGCUGAGAACCUGCUUCUCUGUGUAUGACAUCGAAUGUACGUUUUCCCAUUUUCAAGUUGGUAUCCAUGGAUCAAGCUGCGGAUCCCAGUAUGCCCAGUGGAAUCGACAGAAACAUAUUAAUGACACAUUUUACACUUUAUGUUAACUCAGCUUCACGACAUCUUUAUUGUUGUACCAACGUCAUGACAUCAUGCAUUUCUGGUUCAUUGGUCCUCAAUACCAAAAAAAACACUGGCAUCAUAAUGUGAGCCAGAAAAAACGAACUCAGUAGAUCUUUUCCUGGAACGAGAUAGCAAAAUCUCUCUGUAGUAUCCAUGCUGUUGUUCCAUUAUAAAACAUGCCAAAGUCCAUACACCAAUUUCUCCACGAUAACGAUAAAGUGUUAUUUUCUACCACAUAUUUACAGUUUAUGUGCUUCUCCUACUUAAAACUGCUUUGCCAUGAAUUUGAGACAACUUGAAGGGAGAAUGUAGUUGAGGCCAGGGGGGGGGGGGGCAGUUGUCAUGAGUAAUUACAGCAAGGCCCCAUGUAAUGUCAACUUAUUAAGCAUGUCACUGGUGCCAUCUUGAUCAGAUAUCCUGUCGUCUUUAGAUGUGUAUUAGAUUUUGACCUACCUAGACUGUGUCCAUAAAGACAACAUUCGAUGCCUAUAUUCCCUCUUUAAAACAGUUUGCUGGAAUUUUUUAGCUAGAGUCAGAAGUUCCACCAUUAUUACAUGUAGUUGUUUGUACUGAAAAACUCUGAAGCUUUGUAAGACUAAAUCGAUCACAGAUACGCAAUGCAUUUUAUUCUCGAUUUGCUUCUGAAGGUUGCCAGGCCUUGUAAAGGUGGGUUUAGAGUGAAGCCAAAUGUAUGUCUUUCUGUUCUCUAUUUCAUAAUAAAUGUGAUCAUGCUCCAAAAAUAAAACAGAAUGAGAAUGUAGCCAGUUUUAGAUUGUUACAAAUUGUUCAGUACUUGGAGUAUUCCUUCCUUCUGACCAGAGAAAAGAAUUCGAAUGAUGAUUGAAGAGGGGUAUAUUGUACAUUUAAUGUAGGAAUGUGGGGUUUCAUGUCAGUUAAGAAAUAAUUGAUUGUUAGCACAGACAUGAUAGAUGUUUGAAAUCAUUUCAUAAUAUUUUCAUGCACACAUUAUCUUUCCAGUUUGUGCAUGAUUUGUAGAUGACCCUUUUAACUAUAGCAAGAUUUAUUCAUCUUUCUGCAUGGAGUUCUAUUUGCAUUACAUAAUUGUCUGUGUUUCUAAUGAGGUAUUGGAGGUUGUUCAGGUGAGUCACACUUCACAUUACACAUGCUGCCACUGCGUUGGCCAUCAAAAUCUCAAAUAAUGUCAUAGUUCAAAACAGCGUGACAACAUCAGAAUGUCAUGAUGUGACAGUUGAGACCUCGUCCCACUACCUGUCAUCCUGCUGUGACAGUCAAACAUGGCAGAUUCUUUGGAAUUGCAGUAUAAUGUGGUAUCAAUGAAGAACCUCUGUAGAAGUGUCAAUGUAAAUGCCUUGAAUGUAUUUCGGGGACAACUGGAAAAAGAAAUUGGCAGAAAAUUUGCAUUUUUCGUUUUAGUUCACCAUGUACAGCACUACACUCUUGAUCUUCCAGUCAUUCUAUUGUUGUGCACUUUUAUUAAAAAGGCAGCAUUUUGUAUGCAUACCACUUUCAUGAAAGAAACCAAACUCUAAACAUUAAUUGAGGAAUGAAAAAAAACAAUUGAGUAGACGUACUAGGACACAUGGCCACAAUGUACACCAUGUACGUGUACAUGUACAUCUUCUCUCUAGAGUCAAUAAGGUUUUGCAUGUUUGUACUAUUUUCCUCGCAUCAAUUUUCAGCUGAUUAGUGGUCAGAUAAAUCUUUGUAUGGCACAUUUAACACCAAACUUGUUUGUACAUUUUGUUCCUGGGCUUUAUGACUUAUAAUGACACUACAGCUGUAAUUAUAAAUAUUGUGUCAAUGGUUUUAAGCCAGUUGAUUAGCCUAUUACAUGUGAAAAAGGCCUUUUAUGCAACUGGCUUAUUUGCGUUGACACAGUAUGUACAUGUACAUUAGAUAUAAAUUGAUCACAUGAACAUUCUAUCACUUUAUGUUAUAAAGAGAUUUUUCUUGCACAACCAUCUGAAAGUAGUGAAAUACACCAAUCGCCGACCUCAAUCACAUUUCUGACUUAUGAGAUACGACACACCUGUUUCUCAGGCCACACUAGAAGGUCAUCUGUCGGCAUAGAUGUUGAAUUCACCAACAAGGUUCUUUUUGGUGUUCCAAAAUAAUCAUUUUCUGGUGGAAAAUGUCCAAUGGGGGGCAAGGUGGAAGCUCCUUUGGAGUUUUCUCUAACAAGGUUGUGCAAGACAAAUCUUGCUGAAUUUCUUAUGUUAUUCUUAGUGUAGAUAUUUACAUCAGCUGCUUUUGCUUGUAACUCUUGCUACAAAAUGUCAACGUGUAACCAUUUUUUUGGCUAUUUUGAUUUUGCUAUCUUUUUUGUACUCUUGUUAAUUUAAUCUGAUUAUGUUGCUAAUUUAUUUUGGAGCUCAUAUCUGACGUACUUUUUAUUUUGCCUGGUGGUCAUUGAGGUAACAUGGGUCGUUUUCAUACCAGGAGAAUGUCUGUUUUUUCACCUCUGGUUCCACUACCGUUUCUCUCUGAAGAAUCCCUCUUGAGUUCUUUAGAGUUAAUGCUAUACAGCAUGAGUCCUCUUGAGUUCUUUAGAGUUAAUGCUAUACAGCAUGAGUUCUUUGCUGCUAAACCUUUUUUGUGACAAAUUUCACCAACUCUGGUUGAAAACAGCCAAUGGAAGCUCAGCUGCAUCCAAGAAAUAGAUGUCAUUUUAGACAUUUAAAGACCUGAUGUUGACACUGAUUGAGAAGAAUGUUGUUAGUCUAAACCAGAUGCACUCACACCUUAGAAUGCUAAGAUGAUGAUGACUGAGAGCUAAGUAGAUUGGAAAUGUCUUGGGUCGAUUGGGCGUUUAUAAAACUAGUUGAAAAUUUCAGCGAGUUUAUUGUAAGGUACAAGUAUGCUCCCCGGUGAAGGAACCUGGUUUUGCCUUGAGGAAUCUUUUCAUCCUUACGAUAACAAUUAGUGUCAAGUAAAGUAAAGCCUAUGUGGAACAGACGCAGCAAAACUGGCUAAAUUAGUACACAGUAUAUUCUGUAGGUCAAUUCUCAUUACAUUGGCGUGUCUGGUUAGAUAUGUUGAUUUCUAAUAACCUGUGGCACACACAAAAAUAAUGUACCUCGGUACACAAAUGAACCACAUCUUUAAGUGAAGACGUUUUCUCACUUUUCAUCUUUCUCGGCCUUUGUAAUCACUGUACUGUUCAAGACUGUGUCCCAAGAUAAGGGGAAUAGUGCUGAAUUUAUGGAACGUUUUGUUGGUAGUUUUAUUUUACAUUUGUUUUCAACAUAAUAUGAGAUUUACCAGAUCUGAUAUGGUAAUAAAACCUGUUGUAUGCUGCAAUA